AUGAAAAGAUUAUCUUUAUUAAAACAACCUCUGUUAAAUACCGUAAAUGAACACUUAAUUGAUUAUCCAACGCCAAGUAAUCUAAGUUAUUGGUGGGGGUUUGGUUCCACGGCGGGUAUUUGUUUGGUUUUACAAAUUCUUACUGGUAUCUUCCUGGCCAUGCAUUAUACCCCACAUAUUGAUUUAGCUUUUCUCAGUGUAGAGCACAUCAUGAGAGAUGUUGAGGGUGGUUGGUUUCUGCGAUAUAUGCACGCCAACGGGGCCAGCAUGUUUUUUAUCGUGGUGUACCUACAUCUUUUUCGAAAUUUGUACUACGGGAGUUACGCCAGCCCUCGUGAAGCUGUUUGGAUUCUGGGGGUGGUCAUCCUUCUCCUUAUGAUUUUGACCGCUUUUAUUGGGUACGUGCUUCCCUGGGGGCAGAUGAGUUUUUGGGGAGCUACUGUAAUUACAAGUCUGGCGAGUGCUAUUCCCGUUGUUGGUGUUGAUGUAACACAUUGGUUAUGGGGUGGUUUUUCCGUCGACAAUGCGACUUUAAAUAGAUUUUUUAGUUUGCAUUACCUUUUACCUUUUAUUAUUGCUGGUGCGAGUAUUUUGCACUUGGCAGCUUUGCAUCAAUAUGGAUCAAAUAACCCCCUAGGUUGCCUAGCAACGGUCGACAAAGUGUCUUUUUACCCGUAUUUCUUUUUUAAAGAUCUCGUGGGUUGGGUGGUGUUUGCGCUAUUCUUUUCGUGGUUUAUCUUCUUUGCGCCCAAUACCCUCGGGCAUCCGGAUAACUAUAUUCCGGCCAACCCGAUGUCCACCCCCGCACACAUUGUUCCGGAGUGGUAUUUUUUACCGGUCUACGCAAUUUUGCGCAGCAUCCCCAAUAAAUUGGCGGGUGUUUUAGCGAUUGGGUUAGUUUUUGUUUCUUUGCUUUUGCUGCCUUUCUUAAACACCUCUCCCUUACGGAGUGCAACGUUUCGUCCCUUAUACAAGAAACUUUUUUGGCUUUUUGUGGCGGAUGCUCUCCUCUUGGGCUGGAUUGGUUGCCAGCCGGUUGAAGACCCUUAUGUCCUCAUUGGCCAGCUUGCUUCGGUGUAUUUCUUUUUUUAUUUCCUCAUCGCGAUUCCUUUUCUCGGUAAAUUUGAAACUUCCCUGCUGCAAGGUUCUGCCCGUGCGUAG